UACCACCUUACUGUAAUGAUUACAUGAUUUAGCAGCACUUUAAAAGUUUAUCUCAUAAAGAAGGACGUCGUUUGUUAGCGCGGUACAAUUUGGAAGUGUAAAGUUUUCUUUCAAUACAAAAUGCCGUUUAAACCAGUUUCUCACGUACUUUUUGAUAUGGAUGGAUUAUUAUUGAAUACUGAAGACUUGUACACAAAAGGCUUUGAAGAGAUUGCGUCCAGAUAUGGCAAACUAUUUACAUUUGAACUCAAAUGCAAAAUAAUGGGGCAACAUAGCAGAGAGUUUGCUGCCAACAUCAUCAAGGAGCUGAAUUUGCCGCUUACCGUUGAUGAGUUUCUUGUGGAAACGAGAAAGAUUUUCAUUGAUUUAUUUCCGCAAUGCAAAAUUAUGCCCGGUGUUGAAAGGCUACUUGUUCAUCUAUCUAAACAUAAAAUACCAAUGGGUCUAGCUACAAGUAGUAGUAAAGAAACCUAUGACAUGAAGGUAUCUCGACACCAAGAUUUCUUCAAUUUGUUGCCAUUUAAGACGUAUGGAUCCGAUGCUAACGUGAAGAGGGGAAAACCGUCUCCUGAUAUAUUUUUGAUCGCUGCUACUAAAUUUCCUCGAAAACCGGCCCCUGAGAAAUGUCUAGUAUUCGAAGACUCAUUAAACGGGGUAAAGGCAGCUGUAGCAGCUGGUAUGCAAGUUGUGAUGGUCCCAGAUCCCCGCUUCGAUCGAAGUCUAGCGCCAGAAGCAACGCUAAUUCUCAACUCUAUGGAAGAUUUCCGUCCCGAAAUAUUUGGUUUGCCGCCGUAUGAUGAUUAACUGAUUCAUAAAACCAAAAUAUCGCUCGGAAAUCGGCCAAGGUUAUGGUUUUGUUUGUAUUAACACAAGUCGUUCGCACUAGUCCAAUUAUAAGUUUAUGAUAAUGCUAAAAGUUUAUGUAAUUUGAAUCUCAGCUAAGAUUUGUUGCUAAGCUUACCGAAAUGGUUUAAGUAAAUAAUUACCUAUUUAUUUUAAUAUCGUACAAUUUUUUUAUAUAAAACGUUGUACCUACUUGUUAGAAGAUUUUUGCA